AUGACUGAGAAGAGUGAUAUAUGUCUGCUGGGACUGAUCCUUCUCUCUUCACUAUUCACAGGUGUGAGUGGAGCAGAAGACUCUCAUGUGUUCAUCAGUUCUGGUGAAAGUGUGUCUCUGUCCUGUAAUGAUGCUCUUCAUCAAUGCUCCUCAACUACAUGGAUGCACAGUAAAUAUACAACAUCAGCUACAGUAGAAGUGUUUACUGGAGGAAUAAAGAAGAAUAACACAGAGAGAUCUGAGAGACUGAGUCUGACAUCUGACUGCUCUCUCAACAUCUAUAAAACAACACAACAUGAUGGUGGACGAUACAUCUGCACACAAUUUGUGAAUGGACAUCAUCAUGGAAAUGAUUCACUUGUUGAUCUACAUGUUCUUCAUGUGUCUUCAUCAUCAUCAUCAUCAUCAUCAUCACAGACUGAGAUAAGAGCAAACACAACUGUCACUCUCUCCUGUCAGCUGUUUACAUUUGACUGUGAUCAUGAGUUCAGUUAUGAUGGAUAUCAGCUGGUGUGGAUGAAUCAGACUGAUGUUGAUCUACAGACAGACUCCAGAUAUCAGAUUAGAUCAGAUAAACUCUGUCUCAUCUCUCUGACUACAACACUCGUGAAUGAAGAUGACAACACACAGUUGAGAUGUGUGUUCAAACACAAGAAUGACAUCAAGACCUCAGUCACAUAUACUGUCAGAUUUACAGAUUCAAACAAGAUUCUAGUGACCACCACAAACCCUGAGAGAUUCUCAACUCUUAACACACCAGAAACUACACAACAACAAGCAUCAUCUACAACAUCAAUAAUAAUAAGAGUGAUUCUAGUGAUUGUUGAGGUGUCAGUGUUUGCUGCUCCUACUGUCAUUCUUCUUCAGAUCAUCUGUGCAGGAAGAGCGCAAAACAGAAGAAGGAGUCAGAACGCUCAUCCAGAAGACACAGUGAUGUCAGCAGUUUAGGAAUAAAAUCUCAAGGGCACCUCAGUCUUUACCCGCAGGCCCUAAGAAUUGAACCGGCAACCUUCUGGUCACAAGUGCGACUCUCUUACCAUUAAACCACAACUGUCUAUAAUAUCUUCUUUUCUCUAUUAAUAUGAUAGUUCAUCCCCAAAUUAAACAUCUGUCUUCAUUUACUCAUCUUCAAAAAGCUCUAAACCCGUAUUUUUUUCCUUUACUCACACAAGAAGAUAUUUUGAAGAAUGUGGGGAAGUAAACAGUUCUGGGUCACCAUUGACUAUAGUAAUCUUUUGUUUGGUUAAACACAUUCUACUAAAUUCUUUCUUUGUGUUCAGCAGAACAAAGUAUUUUACACAGAUUUGAAACAUCUUGAGUAAAUGAUGACAGAAUGUUCCUUCUUUCAUGAACUAUUACUUUAAAUAUGCCAACAGAGUCUGACGGUUUGUGUAACUGCUUGUGUGUUACUGUAUUUGUGUAACGUAGUUAUAUUGUGUGUUGAUUUAUA